CUUGUGGAUAUUUCUUCCCCCUCGGGGAAAGCUUAUAUGAGGAUUUUCUUUUUUAACAGUUCAUUCCGUGAAACCAUUUUUUUUCCUUGAUUUCUGUUAGAAAAUGUUGGAGCUGAACAUAAGGCUUUCAGUGCAGAUUGCUAUCAAGGGAACUAAAAGAGGAUGUAGGCAUAUUGUUAAUGUCUCUCUUCAGGCUGUAUUUGAGGAAGCCAACAUUUUUAGUGCAUCCAUAGGAAGCAUCUCCACUACAGCCUUUCACCACACGAGAGACAGACUGAAGAUGUAGGCAGCUGACAAAUGUGAAAGCAAUGAAGAGGUGUUCUGAGGUUGACAGCGCUUUUCAUAGUACACGCAUUUUCUGGGAAAGGCAUAAGAACGGAGAUAAACAGGCAAUGAUUUUGGCAAGCUGAGAAGAAGCUGUAGCAGACCAAGAUGUUCCAAAGAGAAGAUCACAUCAAAAAGGCUCCAUCUGCCACGAUCUGAUCACAUUGCAGCAACAUAGGUGUUGCCAUGAGGAUCAGGAGGUGUCCUGUCUGCGUCAUAACUUGUCUUCUGGUCCUGCUGGGUAUACACCAUAGGGAGCUCCAUACAGAGGCAGAGCACACAUUUCAAGACAGCUGACAAACCAGUUCCUGCACAUACAUGCAUCUGUGUAAGACUACUGCAAGAUCAGAGGCCUCUGUGGCACUGCAUGUAUAUAAGAACUGUUGCAUGUGUGGAGUUAGACUCUGCUUUUUGAGAUAUGAUGGUCCGACGAGGAUUUAUUCUAUUUCUUCCCCGACUUGUAGGCCUGCUGGUGGUGGCCUGUUGCUCAAUGUCUAUCGUUUAUAUGUUGGCUUGCACACCCAAGGGUGACAACCAGCAGCUUGCCUUGCCCAGGGUGCACAGUCCGACUGUGAAGGAGGGAUAUGAAGCCAUUCUGCAAGAGCGAGAAGAGCAACACCGUAAUUAUGUCAUCAGCUUGAAGAAACAAAUUUCCCAGUUGAAGACUGAGCUCCAGGGCAGGACUGAGCAGCUUAAGGACAUGCAGAACCAGUACCCAGACUCCUUGGACAUUCAGCUUGACCACAGUAAACCAGAGAAGGCCCAGGCCAACCUGCUGGCUUUCCUCCGUUCCCAAGUAGACAAAGCAGAGGUGCACAGCGGUGUUAAGCUGUCCACAGAGUAUGCAGCGGUGCCCUUUGAGAGCUUCACCCUCCAGAAGGUGUACCAGCUGGAGACAGGGCUGACACGGCACCCAGAGGAGAAACCCGUAAGGAAGGACAAGCGAGAUGAGUUGAUAGAGGUGAUCGAGUUAGCAGUGGGGAGCUUGAACAAGCCAGAUGGGGUCAGCAAAGCAAAACCCCAUGUAUACACAGCCUCCGACUUUGUUGAAGGGAUCUACCGCACAGAAAAGAAUAAAGGCACAUUGUAUGAGCUGACUUUCAAAGGAGAUGUAAAACAUCAGUUCAAGAAGAUUGUUUUAUUCCGGCCAUUUGGUCCUGUAAUGAAAGUGAAAAAUGAAAAUAUCAAUAUGGCUGACACACUUAUUAAUGUCAUUGUGCCAUUGGCCAAGAGAGCCAGCAAAUUUCGACAAUUCAUGCAGAACUUCAGGGAAAUGGGCAUUCAGCAGGAUGGGAGAAUUCACCUCACUGUAGUUUACUUUGGAAAGGAACAAAUGAAUGAAGUCAAAUCAAUACUUGAAAAUACCUCUAAGUCAGCCAACUUCAAGAACUUUACCUUCAUCCAGUUGAAUGAAGAGUUUUCCAGGGGCAAAGGAUUAGAUGUUGGUGCUCGAUUUUGGAAAGGAAACAAUGUUGUUCUCUUUUUUUGCGAUGUGGACAUAUAUUUCACAGCCGAAUUCUUGAACUCCUGUAGACUGAACACACAGCCAGGGAAGAAGGUAUUUUAUCCUGUUCUCUUCAGCCAGUAUAACCCCAGCAUAAUUUAUGGUCACCAUGAUUCCAUCCCAUCUUUAGAACAGCAGCUGAUUAUUAAAAAAGAAACUGGAUUUUGGAGAGACUUUGGUUUUGGGAUGACUUGCCAGUACAGAUCUGAUUUUAUCAAUAUAGGUGGCUUUGACCUGGACAUUAAAGGCUGGGGUGGUGAAGAUGUGCAUCUGUACCGCAAGUACCUUCACAGCAACCUCAUGGUGAUCCGAACACCUGUCAGGGGUCUCUUCCAUCUGUGGCAUGAAAAGCAGUGUCUGGAUGAGCUGACUCCAGAGCAGUACAAAAUGUGCAUGCAGUCCAAGGCCAUGAAUGAGGCUUCUCAUGGCCAGCUUGGGAUGCUUGUUUUCAAGGAAGAGAUUGAGACACACCUUCAUAGACAGAAAUUGAGCAGUAAGAAGACCUGAAUCCACAAAGGGAAGUUAAAAGCCUCUGAACUGGACUUAAGGGUGUUUUGGAAAAGAGGUUUUAACUGGAAAAGUUGGGAUGAGACUGAAAGAGGAUGGAGAUUCCAGCAGGAUGGUAGCAAAAGAAGAGGGAAAGCAUCUAUCCUCCCUACUUUUGUUUUUAUUCUAAUGGGGCUUUUAAGUACUCCAUUAUCCUGACUGUUCAGCACUUGCUUCUGGAGAAGACUUGAAGACUUGAGAUUCAAGGUCACAUCACAGAGACAAUGAACAUUAUGU